ACAUCAACAAAAAACCUGUUAACUCCUGGAAAGGGGGAAAAAAUUCCCCCUCCCAAAAGCGGCGGAGAUACAAUUGGAGGAGGAGGGAGAAGAGCGCUCCGCACCUCUGGUCUCAUGGACAGCGGGUCCAUCAUCACCCAGGUUAGCAAGGAAGAGGUGAAUACUCCCCUGCAGGAGAAAGGUGCUCAAAACCCAUCACCUUCCAAGAAGCCCAGGAACCGCAGUAUCUUCCAGUCCCUCUUUUGCUGCCUUUGCCAUGACAACUCGGAGCCUAUCCCCGUCAACAACAACGCCCCACUGCUGGUGGAGGAAAACGGUUCGGUGACCAAGGGUACCAUCAAAUGCCUGUUACCAGAAAUCAAGCCUCCAGAUGCCAGCAAAAUCUGUGUGGUCAUCGACCUGGAUGAGACAUUGGUACAUAGCUCCUUUAAGCCAGUGAACAAUGCAGACUUCAUCAUCCCGGUGGAGAUUGACGGCGUCAUGCACCAGGUGUACGUACUGAAGCGACCCCAUGUGGACGAGUUUCUCCGGAGGAUGGGUGAACUCUUUGAGUGUGUGCUCUUCACUGCUAGUCUGGCAAAGUAUGCAGAUCCCGUGGCUGACCUGCUGGAUAAGUGGGGCGCCUUCCGCGCCCGCCUCUUCCGCGAGUCGUGCGUCUUCCACCGUGGGAACUACGUCAAGGACCUCAGCCGCCUGGGCCGCGACCUGACGCGUAUCAUCAUUGUGGACAAUUCGCCUGCUUCUUAUGUCUUCCACCCUGAUAAUGCUGUGCCUGUGGCUUCGUGGUUUGACAACAUGGCCGACACGGAGCUUCUCGACCUCUUGCCCUUCUUUGAGAGACUCAGCAAAGUGGACGACGUGUAUACAGUGCUAAGGCAGCACCGGACUAGCAGCUAGUGACUGCAGGGGGGGCUUUGGGCAGGGGAAGGAGGGGUGUAUGCCCAUCUCAGCUGCUUCCUUCUGUUGAGCAGGACAGCCUGCUGCUCCCCCCUCAGCCUAGCCACUGGCAGCCUCAACGAGCAGUGCAGUGCACAGGAAACCCUGCGUGGGGCAGCGGGCAGCACUUGUUCCCAUGGGGCACCAGGACAGACCCCGGUGCCCGAACGUGACCUUGAACCCCAGAGAGGAAACUUCCUCAAUGCUGUGUUUUAACGGUUUGUCCCCCUUAUAUUUUGGGCCUCAGCCUUUCUCCCCCACUUUUCCCCUUUAUACUGUGGGACCAAAACGGUGGUCCUUUCCACUCUAACCAAGGGGGGGAAGUCAGAACCCUGCCUUAUUCCCUAUCAACAGGUUGGGGUGCCCCACAAGGACCAGCCCCAGGUACCCAAUGCAUUUCGCCACCGCUUUGAGUUCUCCCUCUGCUCCUUUACAAGGUCCUAGAUUUCUUGGGAAUGGGGAGGGGGCAGUAUUGUUGCCCCUGCUGUAUUUCUGGUGAUGGUCACUGACUGACUGGGGAGAUCCCCAGCGGAAAGUAGCCAAGAGAAGUUGGAGACAUAAGAGAAUGGACAGAACUCAAGUGGGGACUGGGUGGGUGAGGGUUGUUGUUGAAAAGAUUUGGAGAGAUACAAAAAGGGGAUAGAACUUUUAGAGGCCUGUAUCUUUCCUAAAUUGGACAGUUUACUUGCAAGUUCCUUCUUGGGAUAGAUACUGAGUUGGAUUUGUUUCUUCUUCCCUUGAAAUAUUCCCUUUUGGGGGGGGGGGGAAUUCUCACUUUCCUAAUUCGGAGGGAAUCCCUGGUUUUACUCAGUUUUCUGUCUGAACAGGUGGCAAGAUGACAGAGGGCCAACAGAUGUUUCACUCCUCUUUCUUGCAGAGAAAAAAUCAGCUCUGUCAAUCUUGCCAAUAGUGGCCUGUUGGAUCCUUGAAAGGUGAGGGAGUGACCAAUACCAUGGUUAGAACCGCCUCAGAUCCCACCCAGAACUCCGUCUCAGCCCUUCCCCUAUCAGUGGGGGGGAAGGAAAACCCCAAGCUGGUUUUGUGAUUGGUUGGAGCUAGGGAAGACUUUUCCCGAUGUCAAACCCUAGUUUAGGGGUGGGACUGAGAUGAGAUGAAGCCGGGGUGGUAGUAUUCACAGCAGACUUGAAGAUGUCUGAGAGGAAAGUUGGAUGAUUGGUACUAAAGAGGGAGGUUAUCAUCUCUAGCACAAUAAAAAAAAUUGUUCUAAUUUUUAAAUAACUGAACGUGGUGAUACUGUCCGACAGGACCCAAGUAUGACACAUUCAAGUUGUCCUCCUUGUGGCUUCUCUGUAUUCCGCAGUAGCCCUAUUCUAGCCUCUGGCUUCUCUGAGGCCUUUCCUUCAUCUCUGCCCUAAUGCUGCCCUCCCAGUGAGUGUGGCCAGAAAUUGUGGGUGCUGCUAGGCAGGGAGAGAAAGGGGAGGCGGGAGGCACUUCCUUCGCCACUGUGGUUCUCCCCCCCCCCUCCUUUUUUUUUUCCUUUUAUGCUGUAGUGCCUUCAAACCCCACCGCCUCCCUGCCUUGUUUGGAUCCAGAGCUUGGGGUUAUAGUUGGAAUUCUGUAACCUUCCCGGACUAAUGAGGCAUGGGGGGAAAUUGUGCCUUUUAGAAGUGACGGACCUGUGAGGACUGAGGGAAAGAGAGAAUGGACUGGUGCGUGGUGGGUGCUGUUGGACGGGGCCUCUGUUUCCGCUGCUUUGACAACAGCCCAGCCACAUCAGGCUCCCGAUGGUGGUUUUUAGCUCCAAUCAAGCUGGCCCUUCUGUCCCAUUAACCAUGUUUCUUCCCACCCCUGCGCCUUUCGAAAACCUGUUUGAACAGGAGAGAAUCUUGAGCCAGAGUGAAAUCAUCUUGGUCCUCUGCCCCGUCCACUUCUGCAAGAUACGGAUUUGCCUUGGGGUUUUCUCCAGUGCCACCUUGAAUUUGCCUUAAAUGUUUUUGGGGGUGGGUGGGGGAGGGAUUGGAUACAAGAAAUCCUUGUGCCUUUUACUUCUUGUCCUUGGCUAUUUGUUAAAGAAAGGACAUGCUGCCGCAGUUCUUUAGAGCCUUAUCCCAUGUCAGGAUGGAAUUCUUUAGGGAUGGAGCAGGCCGUGGCUCUCAACGGAGGCUUGUUUAGUGGCUUGUUGAUACUAUGGAGCAAAGCACCUCAUUGAACCAUGCUACCAAGGCGCAAUUGUAUCCUUUGCAACCCAGUAUGCCAUUACACUUAAUUCUUACUAAACUGCUACUGCAAUGGAUCAGGAAUAGUUUAAGUACCUCUUUGCUGCCAGACUGGACCCGACCAUGGAAGGUCCAUUUAGUACAGUACACUGUCUCUUUUGAGGAAUGAUGCAGGAUGCUUAGAAAUCUUUUGAACAUGGGGUUGUAUUCUCUUAACGCAGGGGUGGACAUCUUGCAGCCCUUCAGAUGUUUUGGCCUACAAUUCCCAUCAGGCCUAACCAGCAAAUCCAAUGGUUGAGGGGAGCUGUAGGCCAUAAACAUUCUGUGGGCCACAAGUUGCCCACCCCUGACUUAACAGCUAGUGCUGGAUCUAUCCUUUAGGAAUGUAUAAUGCUUUGGCUUUUAAAAUUCAGGAAAUCUCGUGUCAUCCUGCAAUGAGGAGAACUGCAGAUCACUCAUGCACUGGACAAAAACAAUCCUUUUUUAAAUAGUAAUAAUUCUUAAAUGCUGCGUUUUUAAAGAUUUUGUUUUUGAUGGAAUAAAAAAACAAUGUUGCCCUAACGUCCCCCUCCUGAAUCCCUCCCCAUUCAAAUUUCAAGCCUCCCAUGUUCAGGGGAGAAAGAGUGAGAGAAAGGAAAGACAAUUGAGAAAGAAAAGAGAUUUUGUUUUGAUUUUUGUGUAAUUUUUCAACCCCUCUUUUUUCUUUCUGUCUGCUUGUUUGCAUACUUAUGGCAUUUACUGCAAGCACUAUAUGGAAAACCCCAUAAAUCCAUAGUCACUGCUAGGGAUGCUUGAGGAAUUCAGUAUUUGCACAUUUGUAUAUGAAAUAACCUGAUUUUGGGCUAAUAUGUAAAUUAAAACUUAGCUAUCCACUGGAUUUUUGAGAUCUCCAAAUGACACAGUUCUUAUUAGUUCAAAUGUAUCAAACUGCACAUUUAAACAUGCAUUUUUAAAGGAUUUUUAUUUGUAAAUGUUCAGAUUAAUGUAGAAAUGAAGUGAAAGUAAGGGUAAAACCAUGUAAAAAUGAAAUAGAGCAGGAAUAGAUGCCUGGCCACUCUGUAAUACCUUUUAAUUUAACCUAGAUCAAUGUUAAGUUAAAUUAAAAAUGAAGAGUCUUGCGGACCCUUAGCACCAGGGCUAACAUGGCAACCCUUCCGGGGUGGGGAGGAAUUAAGGCUGCAAUCCCGUGAUGUGCAUUUACCUGGCAGUAAGCUCCAUUGAACAGUGGGACUUACCUCUGAGUAAACACACACCGUCUCUUUCUACCUUGAUCAGUUGUAACAUGGGCCUUGUGCUAUCUUGAAAAUACACCUACCCACUAUUCUACAAUGGAGUAGCUAAGUUUGUUUAAGUUCGUACCAUCUUAAACACAACUAACUCUACCAGGUUUUCCUUCUCACCCCCCACCUCUUAUAUUGUGCUGUAAGAAAAACUGCUGGUUCUCUGCACAGACCAUUCGGCAGUUGUUCCAUUCUGGCAGUACGGAGAGCUCUUUUUACAGAGGCCAUAAGCCACUUCUGAUCCAUCAACCCCAACAGGCAAAUUGCUCCCAUUUCAGACAAACUCCCCUCUGUGUGGGGAGUUGCCCCCAUGCCACCGCCCCACUCAGGGAGAUUUAUUUUUUACAGGAUGCAGAAAGAAGAAUUCUAACUGGGCACAUUUUCAAUGAUAUAAAUAUGUAUAACGUGUAUAUAUUUUAGGGAAAACGGAAAGAAAGGGGGGGGAACCAACGGAGGGCGGCAGGGGAAAACCAUCCGGGGAUUUUUAUAGCUGUAUUUUUUAACAUUGUUCCUGGGAGAUGGUAAUUAUUUUUGUGUGGCUGGUGGGUUUGUCAUUAUUUCUGGUAUAAAACGAAAUGUGGUGGGGAGUGAUUUUGCCCAUGAGUUGACACCUCUGCUGGGAGAACACACUCCCCUUCUCCGAAUGCUUGCUGCUUCCCCUACCCUCAGAUUAUACAACACAUCCCCUGUGGCAAAGGAACAAAGCGUUCCCAUGUCAUAUUCAACAGCCUCGAUGUUAAUAGCUUGUCAUUUGCCAAGGUUUAACAUGAGAUCCUUCCAAACUCUUGUCCCCACAUGUAAUUUGUGGGGUUCUGCCCCACACACGUCUGCAUCAGAUAAGGAAUAUCUAAAGCUGCUCCCUGGGAGGGAAGAGAUUCCUUCUCAUCUGUUCUUUUCCUUCCUCUCUCUGCUUCUAUCCAUACAUCUCUUCUCCACCAUUUUCUGUUCACAUGGGGGUGGGGAGUUUGGCUCUCUUCCCCAGGAGUGAUAUUUGCUGAGAGGUCACAAGCAAACUUCCGAGAGUAGUUUUCCUCGGAGCAAGUUUGUCCCCAUUUCUUCCUUCUUCCAUCAAAUUGCCUUUUCCCACCCUCUGUUCAUUUCUUAUCUUAGUGGAGGAGGAAGGGCAGAGAUUCAGUGCCAGUAUGCAAGCCUGAAUUUUCUAACACAGUAUUGGGAAAACUCAGCACUUUAUAAGGAAAGUAAAAGUUGAUGCCCUCUCUGUGCCAACUUGGAUGCUCCAAAGAGCUCCCAAGUUUCCAACUAGUCAGUGCAGCCAAGUCUGGUUGCUUACGAUGCCCUCCCGUGUUUUCUGGGGUGGCAGAGGAAGGUGCCACUUUAGGUUCUCACAUCGCAAGCUUCUAGUCCUUAAAGCCUAGUCUCCCCCAAGCAGUUGUGUAUGGAGAAGGAGUUGCUCCCCACUGACUCUCAUUGUAUAUCUGUUGACUACAAGCUGAUCUUUUAACAAUGAACAAGAGAGUAAGAAAUUACAGAUCAAAAGUGCCUUCUCGUGUGAUUCAAACUGUAAAAUAAUCUUUAAAGAAAAAAAUUACAAACCCAUAAGAA